CUGAAAUUGUUCGAUAUGGCGGCUUUACGGCUCCCUAAGAUCCGCAACAAUCCUUCGAAGAUCCAGCUCGAACGCAUAUCCCAUGUGUACUUUGAUCAUGAAGACAUGGGCUCAUUCGAGGAAUUUGCCAAGAACUUCGGAUUCGUUGAGAUAGGUCGCGACAAGGACUUGACAUUCUACCGCGGCUACGGAAAAGAUCCGUAUUGUUAUGUGGCUCGCAAAGUUCCGAAAGGCGGCAAAGCUUACAAAGGAGCCGCUUUUGUCGCUCAGACGCAAGGGGAUUUCGACAAGGCCGCCGCAUUAGAUGGAGCAGAGACUACAGACCUCAUUCACCCUGGCGGCGGACGUUUAGUGACCUUGAAGACCCCUUCAGGUUUCUAUUUGUACGUCCUGUAUGGGCAGCAAGAGAGACAGGUUUCAGAACCUGCUCCGCCAUCUGCAACGGUCGAGAACUUGGGACUUCCUAAUGGAAGCUUCAAGAAACAAAGACUCGGCGAGUUCCAGCGCUUUCAUCCCGGGCCAGCAAUGAUUCACAAAUUGGGGCACGUUGGAUACAUCCUGAACAACUGGUACGAAGAGGCUGAUUGGUAUACGAGUAACUUCAACUUCGUUCCUACCGAUGUCCAAUGGCACCCGCAAGAUGAGAACGUAGACGUGAUCGCGUUCAUACAUCUGGACCUCGGGGAGCGAUAUUCGGAUCACCACUCUCUUUUCCUUGCUCGUGCGCAGCCAGGCGACCAUGAUCAUAUGCAUCACACAUCAUAUGAAGUGGAGGACUUUGAUACCCAGCUGCUGGGACACGAGUGGCUUGCAAAUAAGAAGUAUCACUCCGUCUGGGGCGUGGGAAGGCAUAUUCUAGGUUCACAGAUAUUCGAUUACUGGAGGGAUACCAGUGGAUUUACCAUCGAGCACUACACUGAUGGAGACCUCGUCAAUGUCAAUACUGAUACUGUACGAAGUCAGGCGGGGCCGCUGGCGAUCUGGGGCCCCGAACUACCAAAGGACUUCUCUGAGGACCAUUCGGUGGUGUGAAGAUACUACUAUUAUGCUGGUC